AUCACUAGUUAUUCUAACUGCUACCCUCAUCGUCAAUUUUCCCUUUUCUUUCUUCUUUAUUCUCUGAUAACCUUUACUAAAUUUUGUGCUGAAAUCGUUACUGUCUCGGUUCAGAAACGACCCAAGAUGAUUAAACUGGAGGACGUUACCUCAGCAUUAGAUUAUAAUAAAUUUAGCUUUCUCUACUCUCAGCUACAAUGCAAGCAGAAUGAUUUGAAAGAGCUGAGAGAAUUUUUAAACGAAAGUCGUUCGAUUGAGGAAAAUUAUUGUAAAGGUUUAUUGAAGCUAUAUUGUAAAUUUCCAAAAGAGGAUCAUUUCAGUUCCUUUCAAUCUCUCUGGGACAAUCUGAAAGAUCUCGUCAGGGGGGCUUGCAAUUUGCACCAAACUGUAGCUCACAAUUUGAAUGAUAUAUCCAACAAUCUUAAAAAGUAUAUGGGUAUAACAUCCUACUUAUUCUUAACGAUUAUUUGCUGUUUUUUUUAACUUGUCAAUAGUUUAAUGGAAUUCCUUUUCCAUUGUAGAAAGUGUCAAAACCAAAAAUGAGGCUAUUAAGAUGGAAGAGAGCAGUAUACUUACGUUUAAAAGAUCUUUAGAUAACCUUGAAAAAUCAAAAGAAAAAGCUAAAAGUGACUAUAGGAGCGUAAUUAAUUAUCUGAAUGAUUAUAAGACUAGGUCGUUUGUUAAAGGCGACUGUUUGGAAAAGCUUAUGUCAAAAGCUGAAAAGUCAUCGUUGACCUUUAAAACUCUUGACGUCCGUUAUGUCGAUUCAAAGGACGAAUUUGAAAGAAGACUUGAAAAGAUGUAUGGAAAUAUAGAAAAAGCAGAAAACCAUCAUUUAGAUAACUUGAAUAGCUUUACUAUUGAUUAUUCGAACGUAUGGACGAGUUAUUCUUUAAAUUUUGAUCAGCUCCUUAAGCAUAAAAAUCUAAAGAAAUUAAAGAAGAGCUCCUCCCCUCCUCGCUACUCUUCUCCUAGUCAGUCGAAAGGCUAAAUUGCAAACAAUGCAAACAAGAUGAAAGAGGAUCUAAAUCGGAAGGGAGAAGUCAAUUGACUAAACAAUUAUUUUCGUAUUAAUUUCAGACUUACUGUCUUCUUUUAGUUGAUUUUAUUAACGAAAUAAUUAAGGAAUUUGUUAGGCUUAUGUAUGGAAUAUUUUGCCUGUUAAAUUAUAGAUUUUACCAACCUACUCUGCCAACUAAACAUAUGUAACAAUCUACGCAAUAGCUUAUUAAUAUUAUUAAUAAAUAAACACUGAGUGCGUGCCAAAGUUCAAUUUAUCUUUAAUGCCAUCCAAGUCAUUUUUACGUUUUAACCUACGCAACAUAUUUUCUAGACUAGCUACACAGCUGUAAUAUUCACGAACAACGCUAAUGUCUCUUAUUUUUUACAUUUAGAUAAAUAAAUCUUAUACUUAGUAUAUAAAUGUCGACUUUCUAUAAAUUUACUUUUAUACUAAACUAUGUAAGCAUGAAAUUAAUGACUUUUAUAUUCCUUAUCCAACUGGUAUCUUCCGAGAAUAUUGAUCUCUUGGGAAAACCUGUAAAACAAUCUGGUAAGAAUAGAAUACUAUUCGAUGGGGUUUUGCACAAGGCCGAAUUGGCUAUUGAUGGGGAUGAGACUGAUGGAGGGGACUUUAAAUCGUGCAUGAAUGCCGAACCGGAUGGUGAUUAUAAAUGGCUAAUGAUUGAUCUGGAAAGUGUAUAUAACAUUAAUAAAGUAAAUUUAGUGCUAAGGGAAUGUUGCUUUGAUCAUUACAGAGAAUUGUUUAUUCGUUUAUACACUAAACCUCCAGAAAAAUGGUACGACGGUGGAGAUUUGUGCAAACAUUUCAAAAUUGAAAAAGAUCCACCAAGAAAAAUAAAUAUAUCAUGCGAUAACCCCGUAUCUGGCCGUUAUGUUGCAAUAUCUAUGAAUUAUAAACUUCCAAUUUAUAAGAACUUGCAGCUUUGCGAGGUCUAUAUCGAUGGAACUUUGACAGGCAACUCUGUAAAACAAGCCACGAACUACACACCCAAAAUAGCCAGAACGACGGACCGUUUGUCAACCUCAUCAACUUUGACUGUUACUCCCGUUCCAACGCCAACAAGCACAGAGAAGAUUAAGUAUAGUAAGAAAGCGGAAAAAGAAUGCUCUAGCCAGGAUUCUUGCGGAUUAAGGUGUACCGAUACAGUUGAACCAUCGGGAUUAGAAGCCGUUCCUAACAGUUGGCCGUUUUUAGCGGCCAUAUUCCAAAGAACGCCUUAUUUGCGGUACAUUUGUGCAGCAACGAUUAUUUCACAUAAAUGGUUAAUUACAUCAGCAAAUUGCUUUGAGGGCGAUCUAAAGAGUGAAAAUUACAUAGUCCUAGUUGGAGUGACAAACACUGAAUUUGAAGAAUUAAAUUUUAACCAAAAGGAACACGAAAUAAACCGAUUUGUGUCCCAACCGGAAUUUCCGGAAAAAACUGACAAUGGUACUGUCCUAAUUGAAUUAAAGGAAGAUCUUAUGUGGAAUCAACAAAUACGUAGAAUUUGUCUAUCACCACAAAAACCCUCUAAGGCUGAUAAAUGUUUUCAAGUAGGUUGGGGUUCAAGGUUUCUUAACUUAAAAGGUUGUGAUAAUUAG